AUGGAAGUGCUGUUGGUCAGGAGCUUUGUUGAGUUCAGUGGAGUAUCCAAGGCAAUGUUCAUUUUCUUUUUUCUUCCAAUUUUCUUGACUGAGGAUUACAGAGCUCCUCCUAUUGUCUCUAAUACAACUUAUGUCUUAGCCUGGAAUGGCCCAAAUGAUGUAUGUUUCUAUAAAUAUAAGAUUUCUGUGGAUGUGAGCAUCUUUUCAUUAAUAGGAAACCCCAGAUUCGGUGUCACAGGUCAAAAUGUUACCUUACUUUACGUUGAUAACAUUGGUGAGUUUCCCUACCUAAACUUAGUAACAAAAGAGGAAAAAUACGGAGUAAUUCCUCAGUCGGGAGAUCUAAAUGCACACUUGCAGAAGGCCGAGAGUGAUAUUAUCCGUCACUUCCCAGAAGAUAGGUUGGGCUUGGCUGUGAUAGACUUAGAAGAGUGGAAACCUAUCUGGAUAAGGAACAGGGGUGAUAGAAUGGCUUACCGGAAGAAAUCAAUUGACUUGGUUAAGAAGGUUCACCCAACCUUUACUGAGGCGGAUGCCGAGAUUGUAGCCAAAAAAAAAUUUGAAUACGCAGCAAAGAAUUAUAUGCUGAAGACUUUGCAGUUAGCUCAGAGACUUCGACCAAAAAAUUAUUGGGGUUAUCACAAUUUCCCUGAUUGUUACAACUAUUAUUAUCGUGACGAUCCCUACAGUGGAAGUUGCCCUGAAAUUGAGAAGAAAAGAAAUAAUGAGCUCGACUGGUUAUGGAAUGAAACCACUGCCCUUUACCCAUCCAUUUAUUUGAGUUCAAUUUUAAGGGAUAGUCAAAAGGCUGCACUCUAUUCCCGAAAUCGCAUUAACGAAGCCCUACGGAUUUCUAAAGUACGCAACAGAGAUAAUCCACUUCCGGUUUUUGUAUACAUGCGUUCAGUUUAUAUGGAUAAUAGCACACUAUUUCUUUCUGAGACUGACCUUGUGCAUACAAUUGGUGAAACUCUGGCUCUUGGGGCCUCAGGAAUUGUUAUAUGGGGAAGCUACGCGAUAGCCCAAACUGAGGUUGCUUGCAGAAAUCUAAAAACUUUUGAGAGAGAGACACUGAGUCCUUACUUAAUCAACGUCACUCUAGCAGCUAAAAUGUGUCACCAAGCACUCUGCCAAGAUCGAGGAUUCUGUACGAGGAAAGACUGGAAUUCAAAUGACUACCUUCACCUGAACCCGAAGAAUUUUGUUAUUAAGUUUGCAUACUGUGACAAGUUCAUAGUAUAUGGGGAGCCCUCAAUUGAAGACCUACAGCAGUUUUCUGACAAAUUUGAUUGCACCUGUUUUGCCAAUGUCACUUGUAAGAAGAAUGAUGCAGUAGAAAAUGUUAAUAACAUAAGGGUCUGCAUUAAUGAGGAAAUUUGCAUAUCAGCCUUUGUAGACCCAGGAGGAAGACGUAAAAGUACCACGAAACCCAAAACCACCGCCACAGAUAUUGCCACAACAGCCAUCACCAUACCCGCUGCCAUAACCACCACCACAACCAAGACCACACCCAUCAACACACCCGCUGCCAUAACCACCACCACAGCCAUCCCCAGAUCCCCCAUCAUUGGCGCCACCACAGCUGCCACCACAGCCAUCACCACACCUGCCACCACCACAUCCACCACUAAGAGAAAAAGGAUUUUCUAG